CCCAGCUCAGCUCAGCCGGGUGACAAGACAGGCCAUAAAAGACGGGGGUGGCAGGGGGAGGAGAGCAGGCCAGAGGGGCCAGGGCUGGCAGUGGUGCAGGGGAGCUGGUCCUGGGUUCACAGAGACAGCAGUGCUUCUGGAAGGUGAAGGAAGUAAUUGCUGAGCUCUGAGGGCCAGGCAAUGGAGGCUUCAGCAGAGAGGCGAGAAAAGGCAAAUGGAUCCUUCACAUGGCUCCCUUGGAUCCCGCGAUGCACCCCCGGGAGAGGGAUCGCUGGGAGGAGCCGGCAAGCAGCCGGGGCUGCCUUCACCAAACAGCUGCCGAAGGAGCCGUCGGGAAAAGUUUCCCUGCGACGUGAAACGUUGCAGAGCUCAGGGCUGAGCCCGCGCACAUGUGUGUGCCCCGGUGUGCCCCUCUGCCUUGGGCACACCUGGCCCCGAGAGAAUCGGGGGCCUCCGUGGGGGUGCCCAGGGCCCAGACUCCCACCCCCGUGUCCCCGGCUCUCCCCCCGUUCAGCACCAGGGACAGAUCCCGGCCCCGCUCCCAUCACGUGGCUCCCACCGCCCCUAUAUAGCGCGGGGCUCGGAGCGGCGCGUCCUGCGGGAGGAGCGGAGCAGCGCCGGAGAGCGGCUUCUGGCCCCGGAGUGGCUGCGAUGCGGGUCAGGAUGAUUUCAGCUGCCUCCGUCCUCGUCCUGCUCUUCCUGCCCUCGGAGACCUGCUCGCCCCUGCAGUGGCCCCGGGGUCCGUCCCGCAGGCUGACCCUGGCCCCCCAACUCACCUGGGAGCCCUGGAUGGAAGCCCCGAGACCUCCCGUCCCCGGCACCGAUCCCCUGCCCCAAAGACUGUGCCAGUUCCAUGGGGCAGAGCCCACCUCCGCCCCCCGAGCCCGGCGAGCGCUGCAAACCGGCAAGAGGCGAGAUGGAAAACCCAACUCAUUGGAUCUCACCUUCCACCUCCUGCGCGAGUUCUUGGAAAUGUCCCGGGAGGAGAGACUGGCCCAAAAGGCGCUCAGCAAUAAGCUCUUGCUGCAGAGUAUAGGGAAAUGAGGGAGGGUCGUUGGAGGUGGGGGAAUGAAGGAGACCGACCCCGUAA